CCGACACAGUGCCACAUCACCAGUGCCACGUCAGCAGUACCACGUCAGACACAGUGCCACAUCAGCAGUGCCACGUAAGCAGCAGUGCCACGUCAGCAACAUGACGGGCCUGCCAGGCCAACUGGCCAAUGAGACCAUUGCCGCCUACAAGCAGCGUUGCCUGGCUCAGAUAGAGGCUGAGGAACAACGCCUGCUGGCAGUCGAGGCUGCCCGCGUACAGGCUGAAGAGGCAGCAGCAGCAGAGAAGCUGCGACUACAGGCCGAUGCAGACGCAGACUCCCAGGCUCGCCGAAAGGAAGCCCAGGAUCUGCUACAACGGCAUGAAGCCACAAGCACCGACAGCCUCAAGUUCUGGCACUUUGAACCAAACGGCGACGAGGCAACACCGGAAGAGAAGCACAAGGAGUUCCUCUACAAACUCAUGACGGGGUUGUUGUAUGCUUGCAACUACCAACGGUCAGAGUUGGAGAGACAGUACCAGGACCUCACGCAACAGCAUCAGGAGUUGGCACAGCUCCGCCGCAUGGUGCAGAGCCACGAGGAUGCAACCCGGGCACUCAAUGCCCGAUUGCUGGACCUGGAACAGGUUGUACCAGGACCAACUGUUGGGGCUUCCAGCAGUGCACCCUCGAGCCGCCAACUAGAGGACCGCGUUGACCACGUAGUGGCAAUGCUUGGCGACAUCAGCACUUUCGCUGCGCCGACCACCACCAUCAGCAGUCAGCUGCAUACAUUGAAGACCGAGGUCCAGCAGCUGCAGACGACGAACGGGGAUGGGAAUCCGAAGAUGUAUAAGAUGCCAACCUUCAAUCUUGAGAGGUUCGAUGACUACACGCAGCAGGAUCUGGUCCUUUGGUGGGAAGCAUUCACAAUGCAACUCAGGAUUCUGCCCGUAGCCAAGCAUGCGUACAUCGGCGCCCUGUUCCUGAACUCAAAGGGAGGAUGCCAGACCUGGUUGAGCCACCUGGCAACCUCCCACGGCGUCGACGUACCAGACUUGAAGGACGUAAUCACAUGGGAGGAACUGACACGGCUUGCCUCCCAUCAACUCGCUGAUGAUGCAAGGAAGAAGGAGCUGCUCGCAUUGGUGAUGGCUCUCAAGCGAUGGCGGCACUUCCUCCUUGGGCGUCGUAGGUUCACAUGGAUCACAGACAACAAUCCAUUGACCUACUACAAGACGCAGGACACGGUGAGCAGCACGAUCGGACGAUGGAUGUACUUCAUCGACCAAUUUGACUUCACACCGAAGCAUGUCCCCGGCCUCUCCAAUCGCGCAGCAGAUGCACUCUCACGAAGACCUGAUCUUUGCGCUAUGACACAUCAUGCCUUCGCAUUCGAUGAGGAGCUUCAGCGACACUUCAUCCGGGCAUAUCAGUCUGAUCCGGACUUCGGCACGCUCUAUGCACAGCUAUCUUCGGAUCACCCGCCGGCCAGCCAUUACCGCAUUGUCGACGGGUACUUGCUCCUCCACUCGAGAGGCAAGGACUUACUAUGUGUCCCAGGCGACCGUCGUCUUCGGACUCGCCUCCUCAGCGAGUACCAUGACUCACGACUCGCCAGCCAUUUCAAAGUCAACCGCACUAUUGCACGACUUCGACAGCGAUUCCGAUGGCCCAACCUCAUUACCGAUGUCACUCGGUAUUGCGACUCUUGCGAAGUUUGCCGACGAAGCAAGCCCCGCAACCGCAAUCCCUACGGCGAGUUACACCCGAUGCCUAUCCCACGGGAACCCGGUCUCUCCAUUGCCAUGGACGUCACCGGUCCGUUUCCUCAUGACCGGCUCGGGCACGACGGCAUCCUCACGGUUGUGGACCGAUUGAGAGUCCGGCACAACAGUGAAACCAAGUUCGGCUCGACACCCUCAGACAGACGGGCAGACGGAGCGGGCACAUCAGACCGCUCAAAUGAUGCUUCGUAUGCUCAUCCGUCCGGACCAGAAAGAUUGGGUUGACCGCCUCCCCGACAUCGAGUUCGCCUAUGACACUUCGGUGCAUCCGGCGAUCGGCGUGACUCCAUUCGAGUUGCACCACGGU